AUGUCCUCGUCGAUGGAUUCCUUCUCAAGCCUGACCGAUGCGGUCCCAGUACUCACCCGACAACUGAUCGCAAGCCCAACCUACGAUGACCUCCUGGUACUCGUGAUACUCCUCUUCGGAGGAGUAGCUUAUGCCACUCGAGGCACUUUCUGGGACAAGCCAGAUCCGUAUCACUACACAUGGUUUGAAAGACCACAAGCAGCUAUUGUCAGCUUAGCCGCGGCCAGCAGAUCGACGCGCAAUAUCGCGGAGAAGUUGGCCGAGACAGGCAAACAGGCAGUCAUAUUCUGGGGAUCUCAGUCUGGAACCGCCGAAGGAUUCGCACACCGUCUGGCAAGGGACUGUCACGCUCGCCUUGGGCUAGAAGUCCUGGUAGCUGAUGUCUCAGACUACGACCACCACACCAUCGCCGAGCUCUCGCAGUCCCAAUAUGCCAUCUUUAUCAUGUCAACGUACGGGGAAGGUGACCCCAGCGACAACUCGACCAGCUUCCUUAGCUGGCUCAAGUCCGCACCCGAAGUGUCCCUGCAAAACCUCAGAUUCGCCGCAUUCGGGUGCGGAAACAGCAACUACAAAUACUAUAAUGCAGUCGUCGACACGGUCGUAACAUCCUUACAGGGGCUAGGAGCGAAGAUAGUCCUACCCGUUGGCAAGGCAGACGAAGCGAAGGGCACCACGGACGAAGACUUUCUGGAAUGGAAGACGACCUUGUUCGCCGCGCUGUGCACCCAGUUAGGUCUCACGGAGCGUGAGCAGGAAUACGAACCAAGCAUCAAGGUCGUCAUGGACGAUUCCAUUGACCUCAGCGGAGUGUACCUGGGGGAGCCACUUGAUUCAAACGGUUCAAACGCCCGGCAUACGCAAUCUGGUCCUUCAUCUGCGAUCGUGCCGCUGCCAAUCUGUGCCGCUCGAGAACUUCUCGAAGGAGCCUCCCAGUCCGAGUCACGCAGUUGUCUACAUCUGGAAGUUGAUCUGUCCGGGCACCCUGAAAUCAAGUACAAGACAGGAGACCAUCUGGCGGUGCGCCCCAUCAAUCCAUCUUCCGAGGUCACUGCCCUCGUCGACAUCCUCGGCCUCGCUGGACGCGAAAACACUCCGCUCAUGAUCCAGUAUGUCGACUCAAACUCCGACAACAACCUAAACCUCCCCUCUCCGACGACCAUUUCGGCCUUGUUCCAGCACUACCUCGAAAUCUGCGGCCCGGUGUCCCGAGAAAGCGUUCUGUCACUGGCACAAUUCGCCUCGUCGGCCACCGCAAAAGCAUACCUCCUCGGCCUGGCGUCCGACAAGACGGUCUUCGCCAACUUUCUCGCAAAGCACCACAUCACACUCGCCCGACUGCUCAAGCACGUACAAACUGUGGACUCUGUAGCAUCCUGGUCUGACCUACCUCUGGCCUUUGUCAUCGAGAGUCUCCGACCCAUGACACCACGAUACUACUCGAUCGCCAGCUCGUCAAUCACCUCGCCACGCCGCGCCGCUCUGACAGUGGCCAACAACCCGCAAUUCCUCCUCGAGAACGACACUGUCUCUAUCCCCGGCCUGGCAAGCACUUACCUGUCCUCGUUCAUUGCGUCGAACGUACAAUCAUCGUCGUCGCUGUCGUACCCGCCCAUCGUCAACCCGGCCUUCCUCGCCGCGUCAGCCCGUGCCCUUCAUGCUUCCAUCCGCCGUUCGACAUUUAAACUUCCCGCGUCGCCGAGCACACCGAUAAUUCUGAUCGCGGCAGGGACAGGGAUCGCCCCCUUCCGAGCAUUUCUACACGAACGCGCCCGUCUGGCGUCGCUGCUGCACGCGCAGAACAAGUUCAUAGGUCGGAUGAUCCUGUUCUUUGGCUGUCGCCAUCCGGAUAACGACCUGCUGUACAAGGAGGAGCUCCAGCAGCUGCAGGCCGCACUGGCGGAUAAAUUGGAUAUUGUGUAUGCUUUUUCUCGUGUCGAGGGCGCCAAGAAGACGUACGUGCAGGAUCGCGUAGAUGAGCGAACGGACAGCCUCGUCGGUCUCCUCCUCGAGGAGGAUGCGGGCUUGUACAUUUGCGGCUCGGCGGUCAUGGCGAGAGAGGUGGGCAAUCGAGUGGGCGAGGCUGUGAAGAAGGCCAGGGAUUAUGACGAUGAUGGUUUGAAGAAGUGGAGAGAAGAGCGGAAACGGGCGAAGAGGUGGCAGGAGGAUGUCUGGGGUUGA